CCACUAUUACCAAAUUACAGUAUUUCAUUUCUGACUCAGUCACUAUCCUCUAGCUCAAGCAUCAGCAGAAGCAGAUAAGAAAAAUGGCUGCAACCGUAUCAACCGUCAUAGGCUUGGGCAGCUCCUCAUUGUCAUCACCUUCUCGGGUCUCUGCACCUAAGCCAACAUCCCUCACUUCAGGCUUUUUGAAGUCUACUGUGACGGUGAGAAACCCUCUGAAGCAGGCACGUGCCUCGGGAGGAAAGUAUACAUGUUUCCAGAGAGAUUGGCUGCGCAGGGAUUUUAAUGUGAUUGGAUUUGGGUUAAUAGGGUGGUUAGCACCAUCCAGCAUCCCUGCAAUCGAUGGUAAGAGUUUGACUGGCCUCUUCUUCGAAAGCAUAGGAGCUGAGCUCGCUCACUUCCCCACUCCUCCUGCUCUCACUUCUCAGUUUUGGUUGUGGUUGGUUACAUGGCACCUGGGACUGUUCAUCUGCCUUACUUUUGGGCAAAUUGGGUUCAAGGGAAGGACCGAAGACUACUUUGAAAAAUAGUUUCUUUUGACUCUCUCUCUCUCUACUCUCAAUUGUGUCUCUUCUCAUCUCUUGUAUUUAUUAUGAUUCCUACUUCCUUUUCUCUUUCUUCUACCUGUUUAUAAGAAAAACUGUCUAUUUAUUUCUUUCAACGUAGUUUAAUAUUUGUACCUCCAUGUUGUGCCUAGCUGCGAAGUAAAAACAAAAAGUUGUGUAUCUGUGUUUCCUAAUUAAUUCCAUUUCCCGCUCAUUCUAUUUUGAAA